AUGGCGACUGCAAAUUCGGAAUCAUUGUCAAACUCAAAUACGGAGUUUUUCUUAGACGAAGAAGCUGAAAGCGAGCUUACACUUUCCGUCCGACAUUCUAAUCGUGUUGAAUAUUGCAAUAUCUCUGCCAAUAUUACAGCAAGGAGUUUGACAUCGUUUCUCCAAACGCUUUUGCAAGUGUACAAGCCGCCUGCAAAUGAGAACUGUAUUUUAACUUUGUCAGUGGAAGCAGCAUUCAAUGAGAGUAAGUCUGCCCUCGUAGAAGAGUUUCUACAGAACAUAUUGUAUUUGUUUGAAGUUUGUUUUAGCCAGGCAGGAGCAGAAAAACACUCUCAGAAAUAUGCAAUAAGCUUAGAAAAGGCAUUCGCUAAAAAACGACGUUCUAGUUUUCACCAUUGUGCAAUUAAAUGGUCAUGGGAGAGAUUAUUUACUAAUACAGCAAGUCAGAGUAGUGAAUAUAAUCAAGCUUCAGAACAGUUGCUGCAGCAAAUUCUUCAGUACUUUUGGUCUUCAAGUAGUAAUAGUUGUAUUACUGUUGAAAGUCCUGAAGAGGAAGGUGAGGAAAGUACUGAAGAUCCUGCUGCUUGUGAUGAGAGUGAUUUCGACAACAUCAAAGAUCAUGCUGGUUGGGUAGUUAAACGAGCUAGGGAGACAUUAAUGAAGGGAGAUAAUAAAAUACCGGCAAAGGAAAGUGUCACAGAGUCGACCCUUGUCUAUGGAGAUAAAGCUGGGGCAUUGGAAAUAAUUUCUGCCUUGGGGAAAGAUGUUAAGCAAGCAGAUGGAAAAUUUAGAUUUAUUGUUCAUGAACAUGUU